GUUGAUGGAAACCAAGAUGGCGGACAAAUGUUUUGACAGAAGAACAGAUUGAAUCGCAAUUUUGCAUACAUUACGGGGUCUAAGGUGGGGAGAACUGUAAGAGACACUAUGAUAUAGUGAUGAGUGCUGCCACCUUUGAGAGCCCAGGGGAAGCGUGGGUAGCUGGUUUAUCCAUGAUGCCUACUCAAAUGGGAGCCCGCAGUGGGUCACCAUCAAUAUUGAAGGAUCCAAACUCAAAGAAAUUAGAUCGACCAAAGUCUACACCACCUGGUCUGAAAGUGACAUUUGGUAACAAUAGCACAGCUCACUAUGCCUCAUUGAGGGGCAGGCCCACAACCACUACAGGCAGAGAUAGCUAUGAGUGUGAACGUGUCUACCAAGUGGAGCAUGAGCCAACACGCAAGCAUGGAUUAGACUCACAUCUACAGACAAAGAGACCAAAACCUCCCCCUUGGCAAAAACAACUUGAGCAGUAUGACACUGAUGGAUAUGACCGCACGAGUCCCAUGCGACCAGUUUCUGUUGGCAAUGGCUACAUCCUUUCUAAAAGCAAAGAAAAGGUUCACAUGCACAUUAAGACUGGUGAUUUCUUUGAGCCUGUUCCAGAUGAAACACAUCACAAUACACGAUUUGGAGACCCAGAAAGGGAAUCUUUGAUUGCUCAGUUACAAGAACAGAUAAAUGAUCUCACUCUGUACCUAGAGGAGGAAAAGCUGAACCAUAAAGACACCAGGAGAAGGAUGGAAGACCAGCUUAAAGACCGGUUGAGUGAGCAGAAAUCAAGUCACAAUGAGUUUGUGAAUAACUUGGAAGAGAGAUACAAAGAUGAACUAGAAAUGCAGAAACUUAAUUAUGAACGAGAAAUAAAAGAUCAGAAAAUAGCAUCAGAAAAUGCAAUAGGUAAAUUAAAGGGGGAGAUAGAAUUCUUGCAUGGGUCAUUCAACUCCUACAAGACAUCUCUGACAAUAGAGAUGCAGGAGAAAUGGGCAAUAAAAGAAGCAGAUAUCAGGAUGACACACGAGGAAGAGCUGGAGGAAGCCUUGCACAAAUUAAGGGUUAAGCUGAUUCAAGAGAAGAACAUUGAGAAGCAAGAACUUGAGAAAGAGGCUCAGCGAGAAAGAGCUCUUCAGCAGAGAGAACACAAGAAAGAAAUGGAUUCUUUGGUGCGCAAGUUCUCCAAUGCUGCUGCUGAUCUGGAGAAGCUCAAGAAAACUGCUGCAGAACUAGAGGAUGUGAAGAAUGCCCACAAAUUGCUGAAUGAUAAAUAUGACCUUGUGUGUAAACAGUUCACCAAGACCACUCAUGAACUCACUGAUACUAAACUGAAGCUCCUGGAAUAUGAAGAGAACUUCCAAGACAAGGUGGCCACUGUGGAUGACAAAUAUAAAGAACAAAUACAUGACCUUAUGAUGAAAAAUACAGAACUAAGGAGAAUGUAUGUGAAGAAAUGUGGCCAGUUAUUUGAUGAGAAAGCAGAAUCAGAGAAAAGUUUUGUGCAAGAUAUUCAAAAUGCCAAAGAUACCAUGCAUACAAUAAUCAACACUAGGAAUCGUGCCAUGGUGAACCUAGCAGGUGGUGAUCUGACACUUGAUGACAAGCCUCGAAAACCAUUUGAGCGUCCUACAAGCGCUCCCGUGACACGCCCAGAAGCAGAAACUGCACAUCUCACUGCAUCUCAGACUGAACAUUUAAACAAAGAAGGAACUAAGUUAUUGCAAGUUCAACCUACGACAGUAAAGGUAGCAUUAAAUAGACCAAAGACCUCAUUAGGGACAAUGGAAUAUGAGGUGGAAGCUGAUGUCUCAUCGGCUAAAGCGACAAUUGGAGAUAAUGCAGAGAGUGAAGCUCAAGCUUUACAUUCCUUAGGGUAGUCAUUUAUUAUUCUUCCAUAAUGCCUUCAAAUGAAUGAGAAACAGAGUGCAAAAAGUGAAUCUUAAAACCCAGAGGUAAAAAUUCCCAGCAUUAUUUUCCAUUCUUCUUAUUGCCUUGCAUGGAUCAUUUGCUUAGUCUGGAGAUGAACAUUAUACAUGUACAUGUAGUAGUAUUUUUACCAAAUUGGUCCAAGCGAGUCAAAAUAAGAUUUUGAAAGAAUGGUGGGAGUGUAUCCUCAUUGACUUGGUAUGGAUUAUGUGAAUUUGUCUUACAGUAUAGUUCCAUAAUUUUGUCUGCAUAUAAAUAAUCUGCCUUGACAAAAACAACAAACUUACCUAUUCUAUUAGAUACUUAAUAAUUUUCUCACUAAUCUUAUAAAUCCACAAAACAGCGAUAAAUAAUUAAUUUUUUAGUCUGUUACAUCUCUUCAUUUGUACACUCCUGACAGUCUGUCCAGCCAGUGUUUAUGAAAUAUAUAGAGGAUAUAUGAUUUAUGAGUGAUACUAUAAUUAUCCAUGAAAUGAUACCUGCGCAAGGGAGCGAAGAUUUCAAUAUCCCUGGGUGGAUAAAAUUCGUAUCAUGAGUAAAUGAUAGGAUGUUCUUUUUGGCUCAUUAAACCAGACUUGAAAUGAUUCAAAGCAGACUUUCCAAACAACUGAUUGGCCAUGGUAAUAAGUCAGCCUUGUUUGGAGAUGUAGCAAAAAUAUCUUAACCAAUCGGAUAUAGCACUGUAUCUCAUGGCUUAAAAGCUGUGUUCGAUGGUUUAGGGAAUAUUUGCCAAAAUAUGAUAUUUUUCCACUAGUUACCAAAAUACCAUUUUAUUUUGACAUGAUAUCUAAGUAACUAUGGAAACAAAUGGACAUUGUUUUGUUAAGAGAAUGUAUUUUAUUUAGUUGCAAUUUUGUUAAAAAGCCUUUAGGCUCAAAAUUUCAAAAUUUUUACGGGUACAAAUAGGUUCAAUUUUCAAUAGAAUGCAAUGAAAAAAACAUGUUACUUUGAAUGAUCUGUGAAAAAG